UUCCCUGAAAUCAUAUUUUAUUAAUUUUUCUCGCCAGAAUCGGUCUAAAGAGGGUUGUAGUGAUACACGGCCCAUAGUCUUUAAGCCCGCUGCCAACAAAUUCGCGGCUCUGGCCGGUCAUGACUCUCUGCUUUUGAUGAGUGGCUGUCUUAAUACAACAGCGACUGCCCUCCUUCGUCUGGCUAACGACUUCCGUUUGCUGGCUUCGGGCCCACGAUGCGGCUUAGGCGAAUAUAUUCUGCCUUCGAAUGAACCAGGAUCCAGUAUCAUGCCAGGCAAAAUCAACCCAACACAGUGCGAGGCAUUGAGCAUGGUUUGCGUCCAGGUGAUGGGGAACCAUAUGACCACAAGCAUCGCCGGGUCGCAAGGUCAUCUGGAACUUAAUGUCUACAAGCCGGUGUUGAUCGCCAAUAUGUUGCACUCUGUAAAUCUGCUAAGCGAUGCUGCACGUUGUUUCACCGACCAUACUAUUAGCGGCCUUCGCAUGAACCAUGCCCGAAUUGGCGAACAUGUUGCUAAUUCACUCAUGCUGGUUACUGCUCUAAACCCUAUUAUCGGUUACGAUAAAUCGGCUGAGGCCGCACUCUUUGCCCACGAGCAAGGCCUCAGUUUACGUCAGGCCGUUUUAGCAAAGGGAUUUAUGACGGAAAAGCAGUUUGACGAAUGUAUUUCACCUCUGAAGAUGGCAUUCCCCUUCGGGGAUCUUCAUUACGCAUAA